AUGCAGCGUUGGCAGAGCAGGGAUGGGCCUUCAGCCAACGGCCAGGAAUCUAGCAGCGGGAGGGCUCUGAGGGAUGGGCUGCAAGGGGAAGCGGUGUAUGGGGUCAACCCCGUUCUGGGCGCUUUGCAGGCCAUGCGCAGAGAGGUGCAUGUUCUCUAUGUGCAGGAAGCAACCGAGGGCACGAAGAAGAAGGAGGGCGUGCCUCAGGCGAUAGCUGCCAUGAAGGAGCGAGGGGGGACCAUCAAGUAUGUCAGCAAGCAUGACCUCAACCUUGUUACCGAUAACAAGCCCCAUCAGGGCUUGAUGCUGGACUGCUCUGCGCUGGACUGGGAGGCUUUGGAGGAAUUCCCUCCCGCGGACAGCGCAGCGCAGCCCGACAGUGGCCGACCGCCUGUGUGGCUCGCUCUGGACGAGAUUGGCGACCCGCAAAAUCUUGGGGCGGCGGUGCGGGUGGCGUACUUUCUGGGCGUGUCGGGGGUGUUGUGCUGCGAGCGCAACUCGGCGCCGCUAUCGCCGGCUGUGAGCAAGGCGAGCGCGGGUGCGCUGGAGUGGCUGCCUCUGCACGCCUGCCGCUCAAUGCCCCGCACCCUCACCCGCGCCGCUGAGUCCGGCUGGCAUGUCGUCGGCGCAGGGAGCGAGGCGGACGCGGAAAGUUGCAAGGGCUUCACGGUGUCUCGGCCAACGAUUCUGGUAAUGGGCAAUGAGGGGCGCGGGCUGCGGCCGGUGGUGCGCCGCGCAUGCGAGGGUAUCCUGCGCAUCGACUCGGCCGCGCCCGGCCCCGGCCGCCACCAGCCCCUCGGCGUUGACUCCCUCAAUGUCAGCGUUGCCACCGGCAUUCUUCUGCACCAGCUGCUGGGGCCAUGUACCAUCUAG